AUGGGCAGCGCAGUUAUUUGUUUUUUAUUGGCUUUGCAAUCCAUUUUGACUGCGAAAGCGGAAGUUUACAGUUGUGGAGGAUUUGUAAAGUCACCAAAUGCUGUAAUCGAUUAUUCGAGGAUACAGAUUAAACUGUUCACUGCUGAAGGAAAUUUAAAAUUCGAAACCGAUUGUAGUCCAACAAAUGGUUAUUAUAUGAUCCCAGUGUACAACAAAGGAGAUUAUUCUAUACGGUUGUUUGCUCCUGAUGGCUGGUUUUUUGAGCCAAAUAUUUUUGAUCUAAAAGUCGAUGGCAAGACAGAUGUGUGUACGAAAGGUGAAGAUAUCAAUUUUAUCUUGGAGGCUUUUGCUGUGCAAGGUGUGCUUCGAAGCGGCAGUAGUGGCGGGCCUGCAGGUAUUGCAUUAAUUCUUGCUUCCGAAGAUGGUACCAUCAUUGCUGAAACGAAGACGGUUGCAAAUGGUGCAUAUCAGUUCAAGGCAUUACCUGGAAAAUAUUCGGUAUCGACUGCGAAUGAUAGCACGGAAUGCAUUGAGUUGGGUAAAGUAUCAGUGUCUGUCAUUGCUUCACCAGUACGUGUAUCACCGGAUUUGAAAAUAUCUGGGCAUUUGUUGUCAGUUGCAGUCUUGUCAAAAGCAUUUCCUCUAUCUGGAGUGUCAAUAAAGCUUUAUUCUGAAGCUGCUUUGAAGCUACCAUACUGUCAAGAGGAAAAAGCAGGGAUAUACAAAACACAAAAUAAAUUUAGUGAGAAGUUUGUUUGCGAAAUGAUGACUGAUUUCGAUGGUAUCGCUCGCUUUCCUUGCCUUCCUCCGGGAUCCUACUUAGUUUAUCCAUCUCUGUAUACAGAUAAAGUUCAUUUUAGUUUCUCACCAGAAAGUAGAGAAAUUACGAUGAGGUCAGAAGCUGAAAAGAUUGCUUUCGACACACUUGGAUUCCGUAACAAAGGUCAAGUUCUUCUUCUUGGACGUCCAGUUGCUGAUGCAGAUAUUUAUGUAAAUGGCGAAUUGAAGGCGAAAACUAAUGAAAGAGGAUGGUAUGAAAUUGAUGGUUUAUAUGAUGAUCACUAUGUAAUAACUGCUAAAAAAAAUCAUUUCACUUUUAAUACAGUGAACAUCAAGUUAGUUGCACAAGAAGCGGAAAUUCCCGAUAUUGUUGUAGAAAGAGUAGAAGUAUGUGUAAAGGUAGAUGUGGAAGAAAGUAGUGAAAGAGUAAUGACAGUUUCUUUCACUAAUCAACAAACGAAAUCCGUGGAAUCAUUGAGCACGGCAAGUGACGGGAAAUUAUGCACUCUGCUUCCAGUUGGAUUGUACAUCGUAUCGGUUCGACCGACAGCGGGUGUUAUAAUGACACCUAAACAAAGUGAAGUAGAUUUGUCUAGAGGUUCAGUAAUGGAUAUCGUAUUCAGUCAAUUCAAAGCUGAUGUAACCGUUAAUGUCGUCUGCAUCGCAGAUGACUGUGGCCAACUUAAAGUGGAAUUAUGGAGACAAAAUAUAUUAAUAAAAAGCUUGGAAGGCGUUGAUCAUUUUGUAUUCCAUGAAGUAGCACCUGAUUCUUAUAAACUUAUAAUAGUUGAUAACGAUCGCUUCUGCUGGGAAAAUACUAAAAUAGAUAUUUUUAUCGAACGUGCUGAUUUGAGUAAUUUAAUUUUCCGCCAGACGGGCUAUCGAACAUCAACAAGAUUGUCACAUCCUGCUAAAGCGAAAUGGAAUAUGUUAGAUAAACCUCAAGUCAGUGGUUCAUUGAGCAUACCUGCUGGAAAUUUCUUUUUCUGCAUUCCGUUAACCGGUAUUUACACUAUAAUACUUGAUGCCUGUCAUAAAUUUGACAAGAAGUCUUAUGAAAUUACUAUUCCGCAAGAAACUCCGCUUUUUGCGUCUGCAACAGAAUUUUUGGUUUCUGCAUCCGUCUUAUUGGACAAUCUAUCAGAGCAAGAUGAUUUUGUCUUAAUUGUUAAAUCAAGUAGAGAUGAACAAAUAAUUUCUGUAAGUACUGCGACUUCAAUUGAAAAUGAAUUAACGUUUAUAUUUUAUUUGUCGAUUCUCGAUAUCGAUGCUCUCAUUACUUUAGUACCUCAGUCGAAAAGCUUUCUUUUCAAACCAACUUCACAUGUCUUUCACUUCAGCGGUGAGUGCCAUUUGAAAGAAGUAGUUUUCAAGGCUGAUAAAGGCAUCUUUUUGGAAGGGCAAGUUCUGCCAGCUGUAGAAAAUGUAGAAAUUCAUUCAUCGCAUAAAAGUGAUCCAAACGUAAAGUUCAAAACAGUGACUGAUAAAAACGGUAGUUUCAGGAUAGGUCCUAUACGAAAUGUCAAAGAUUUUAAUAUAACUGCCGAAAAAAAUGGAUAUAAAUUUGAGGAAACUGAAAAAUUAGGUGUGUUUAAUGCCAUAAAACUAUCGCAGCUCAUUGUCGUAGCAACGGAUGUUGAAACGGAGACACCAUUGACUACUGUACUCAUUUCAUUAAGUGGAACCGGAAAUUAUCGAUCAAACAAUUUUAUUGAUGAUACUGGAAAAAUCAGCUUUGUUGGUUUACAACCAGGAGAAUAUUUCUUACGCCCCAUAUUACAAGAAUAUAAAUUUGAACCGAAGUCAAUGACAAUAAUUAUCAAAGAAGGCGAAUUGGAGACAGUAAAUUUGAAAGGACGUCGUUUUGCAUACAGCGUUUUUGGUAGAGUUUCAUAUCCAGCUAAUCAACCUGCGCCGGCAGUAGUUGUUGAAGCAGUAUCAGAUCAAUGCAAUCAAUUACAAGAAGAAGAUACUACGGAUGAUAAUGGUGAAUAUCGUAUUCGCGGUCUUCAUCCAACAUGCGUAUAUAGAUUAGUACUAAAAACGACAAAUGGCCAACGCAUGCAGUCAUAUCCAGUUCACUACGACAUCACGGUAAAUGCUGAAGAUGUGAAAGACAUUAAUUUUGUAUUGACACAUGUCGCGGAGAGAGUAGAAAUUGCCGGUGAAAUUGCAUUUUUGGAUAUAGAAUCACCAGCACGAUAUAAAGUUGGUCUUUACAAAGGUAGAAAUUUGUUGCAGCAAGUUACAGUUGUACCGCCAUCCAAUUUAUUUUAUUUUGACAUUCCACAAGCAGACAAUUUGAUUUAUUCGGUACGACUUGACACCUCUAAAGAUCCAAAUAAUCAAAGGCUAGUAUCUGAUGAAACCUUUUUCACUGUUAAUGAUACAUUUCAGUCUAUCAUACUAAAUGUUCAUCAGCAAGUAAGUAACCUUAUUUUUACAUUUUUAUAUUAUUAUGCUUUCGUCACUUUACUUUCACUCAAUUUGCAGCGAAAAUCGGAAGUGGAAAUAUCUGUUGGCAGUUAUUUUGCUUUUCCAUUCUUUUUUAUUAUUGCUUAUUUAUUUUUCAAUCACCAAAAGGUUUGUUUAAUUUUCGAAGUACUUUACAAGAUCCGUAGUUUUAAUUUGUCGAUUUUCAAGAAAAACAUUAAAAGAACACUUUUCAGUUUUAUAUUUCAGGCUUUCUCUUUCAUAAAAUCAACUUUUGUUCGGUUGUCAUACCUGUCAUUGCCACAUCGUAGUCCAUCGCCAAGCGAAGAUUUUGCUGAUCAAUCCAAAAAAAGACAAAGAUUAAAGAAAGCUUAA